AGCGGAGCCGUCUAGGAAGCGCCGGCCGCGGGUCACCCAAUCUGGAACGGCGGCCGCGCUACAGCCAGACCGCAGCGAUUAGGGCUCGGGGCCGGCAAGAUGCCUCUGUUCACCGCUAACCCCUUCGAGCAGGACGUGGAAAAAGCCACAAAUGAGUACAACACUACAGAAGAUUGGAGUCUUAUCAUGGACAUAUGUGACAAAGUUGGAAGCACUCCUAAUGGGGCAAAAGAUUGCUUAAAGGCCAUAAUGAAGAGAGUAAAUCAUAAGGUUCCUCAUGUUGCUCUGCAGGCAUUAACUCUUCUUGGGGCUUGUGUGGCAAACUGUGGAAAGAUAUUUCAUUUAGAAGUAUGUUCCCGUGAUUUUGCAACAGAAGUACGUGCUGUGAUAAAAAAUAAGGCUCAUCCUAAAGUAUGUGAAAAACUGAAGUCUUUGAUGGUAGAGUGGUCAGAAGAAUUUCAGAAGGAUCCUCAGUUUAGUCUAAUAUCUGCAACUAUUAAAUCUAUGAAAGAAGAAGGAAUUACUUUUCCUCCAGCAGGUUCUCAGACUGUCUCAGCUGCUGCCAAGAAUGGUACAUCAUCGAACAAAAACAAAGAAGAUGAAGACAUAGCUAAAGCUAUUGAAUUAUCAUUGCAAGAGCAGAAGCAGCAGCAUGCAGAAACAAAAUCCUUAUAUCCCUCUGCAGAAAUUCAGUUAAAUAAUAAAGUUGCAAGGAAAGUGAGAGCUUUAUAUGAUUUUGAAGCCGUUGAGGACAAUGAACUCACCUUUAAACAUGGUGAAAUUAUUAUUGUUUUGGAUGACAGUGAUGCCAAUUGGUGGAAAGGAGAAAAUCACAGAGGAAUAGGACUCUUCCCAUCUAAUUUUGUAACAACUAAUUUAAACAUAGAGUCUGAGGCAGCAGCUGUGGACAAAUUGAAUGUAAUUGAUGAUGAGGAGGAGGAAAUUAAGAAAUCAGAGCCUGAGCCUGUUUAUAUAGAUGAGGAUAAGAUGGAUAGAGCCCUGCAGGUACUCCAGAGUAUUGAUCCAACAGAUUCAAAACCAGACUCCCAAGACCUCUUGGAUUUAGAAGAUAUCUGCCAACAGAUGGGUCCAAUGAUAGAUGAAAAACUUGAGGAGAUUGAUAGGAAGCAUUCAGAAUUGUCUGAAUUGAAUGUAAAAGUCUUGGAAGCCCUGGAACUAUAUAACAAGUUGGUGAAUGAAGCACCGGUAUAUCCAGUCUAUUCAAAGCUCCAUCCUCCGGCACAUUACCCCCCUUCAUCAACCGGGAUUCCAAUGCAGACAUACCCAGUUCAGUCACAUGGUGGAAACUAUAUGGGUCAAGGCAUUCACCAAGUCACUGUUCCCCAAAGCUAUAGCAUUGGACCAGAUCAGAUUGGUCCACUGAGAUCUCUGCCUCCAAAUGUCAAUUCCUCGAUGACAACACAGCCUGCACAGACUCCGUAUUUAAGCACUGGACAAGACACUGUUUCCAGCCCUGCUUACAUGAACCAGAACUCGAACCUUCAGUCAGCUGCUGGUACUGCUGCUUACACACAGCAGAUGGGGAUGUCUGUGGAUCUGUCGUCUUACCAGAAUGCUGCUGCUUCCAGCUUGCCACACCUGGCCGGCUUUCCAGUGGCCGUUCCAGCUCAUUCAGUUGCACAGCAGCAAACAAAUUACCAUCAGCAGCCUCUUCUUUAGAACAAACCAAGCAUUUUCUUGAAAGCCUUCAUAUGUGUAUUACUUGACCCUUGUGAUUCUCAUCUAAAAAUAUUUAAAAGAAAAAAUUUUUUUUCUCAACUUAAAAAAACCAUGAAUAAAUAAAGCACAAAAACUUAUCUUACUGUGCUAGGCCAUGAAGGGCUUUUUCAGUCCAAUUUGUUUGAAGUGCAACUUCUGAUCAGAGGCAGCUUCAGGUAGAUUCCAGUUAAUUUUGUCUUACUUUCAAAUCUCUCUACGCAAACCUGGACGCCCAGUAAGUAGCCUUAUGACACUAAAUAGCAUGAGCUAGGAGUAUGAAGUUUUUGCUUUAAAGACACCACUGUUUAUCCCUAAAACAUCAUGGUAACUGGGAGAGCACCAAAACCUUUGAGUAUUUUAUUUAUUUAUUUUUUUUGUCUGCUUAUUUUUUUCAGCGUCCGCCACAAACCAUUCUUUUAAAAAAGGCAAACUUCUUUUUGGGUGAGCAUUUAGUUUGCCAGUAUAUUUCCCUUUGGUUCCUUAAAUUGCAGUUGUGUUUGCAGUACUGUCAGUUUUGCUCUCUGUUCUGUUGAGUAAUAAUUAGCAUAUAAUUGUCUAUAGAAGCAAGAGCAAUUUGGAAGGAACAAAAAUGUUUUCUGUUAUUAACGAGAAGACUGUAGAAAUGCAGAUGUGUGCGAUAAAGCGUUUAGCUACUCCCCUGUCAUGGCGGCUGUGGGCUAAGGAAUGCCCCACAAAACAUUUCCAUUCCCCGAAGACAAACGUUUUUCUUACAAGGCUCCCUUGUAUUUAGUAUUGCCACUAAUGACCUUCUAAAGUGACUUUGGCCAUUCUCUAAUGAAGAUAAUAAGGUUCCCUUGUUUUCCUUCCUGAAGUGUGGUGUGCAGAGAUGCUGCAUUUUCUUUUUACGGAUUACUUGUCAAUUUGACCCAUGAGACAUUCCUAGUAAUUUGAUGUGAUCUAUCCCAAGCAUGAAUAAUAAGUGUGUUUUUAUAGAUGUGUUGUUCAAGUACCAUUGCUGUGCCAGGCUAUUGAGAAAUUUGGCCAUUCCUUUCAGAGAUAAUUCUAAGCCUGUGGGAUUGAUAGGGUAGCUAUCAGGACAGUUUUUCUGAAGUCUGCAUUUUAUAAAUUUGCAGUGCUAAUAGAUUCCAUAUACUAUAGGAAUUACGUAGUAAACCAGUAGGGAUUGUUUUCUCCUAAAAAUACAUACACUACUGCAUCAUCUACCAACUUGUUAGAUAACGCAAAAUAGAAGAUGGCGAAUAUAUAUGCUUACAGAUACACGGUACUUAGACUGGGAGAAACAAAGGACAUAAGUGAAGUUACUUGCCUGGGAGCAAGAUUUCUAAAUUGUUUUUUAAAGAGAACCCUUAAUCUUUCUGCUAAGAAUCCAUUUGAAGACAGUGCUCUGAAAAUUUUUGUCAUUUAUCUAUUUACAGAAAUUUAAUUACAAGUAUGUUCUUUUUCCAAAGAAACUGUGUCCUAGAAUAAAAUAGUCUAUAUACUACUUGGUCUACAUUUAAAGGAAAAAACAACAGUAUUUGAAAGCCCAGUUUCUAUCAUUGUCUUAGUUCAGAUAAAAGUAACUGAGAAAGUUUUAACCUUGAAUGUCUCAUAUUCUUUUUUUCACCCAGUAUUUUCCUUCCGUGUGAAUUCAAUUAUAUAUUUACAAAAAAUGCUAAAAGGGUACCUUAUUUUUUGGAAACAAAUCUUCUGUUCUUUAAAGAAAAAACAUAAAAAGCAUUUAUAAAGCUGCUCUUGAUAAUGUUGGCAUAUAUAUAUCAAAAAUCUUACAUCUUUUCCUCCCAGUGUUUAAUAAGGUUAUUUUAAUGUUUGUAUAAAUAUUUCAUGUAUAAUUGUGAUCAGAAUUGUAAAAGCUUAACUUGAGUAAGUCUUUGAACUAGUAUAAAUACUGUACACCCGCUAAAUUGGGAUCAGCCAAUUAAGUUGACCAAAUGUAGUUUUGGAAUAAUAUAACAUGCGACAUGUAUAUAAAUCGUGUAUAUUGGCAUUUAUCUGUGAAAUUUUAUACAUCCAGAAGUUUCUUCUCCCUCUUAAAUUAAAAACAAUUUUAUUUUGGCCACACUGUAAUGAAUUUUGUGUUGCAGGUUGUCAGUAGUAUAAAAUGUUAUUAAAUCUGUGUACUAAGAUGGUAUUUUUCGUGUUAAUAGGAAAUAACAGGGUUGUUAUUUUUCUUUCUUUUCCAUGAUCUUAUGGGUUGUAUUUAUUUUAAGACCUCUUUAUAAUUAAAUGUUUUCUGCCAAAGGAAUUGUCUAAUAUCAGAUUUCUACACUGGGUUCAUACUUGCUAUUUUAUAAAAAAAAUAAAAAUAACUUCUAUUUCAUAUGAAAUCUCGAUACAUUAGAAAAAUUUUCUGAGAAUUUAUAAUAAAAUUACUUUUCAUCAAUGUAGAAAGAAUUUCCCUUGGGUGUUAAAAUACAGGAAGUGGAUUAUGGAUUAUCUUGUAGUUUGGAAAAUGUACUGUCUGCCAGCAUUGUCUUAUAAUUUGGUAAUCUACAAAAUUACCUGAACAUUAAAUAAUUAUACUACUUAUCAAUUAGGAUUUGAAAUUAUUUGCAAAUACAUUGUCCUCUGAUGUUAUUUCAAGGAGUUGAUACUUGACCACAUGACAAAUUUUCACUAUGUUUUACAGAGGAUUUAUAAAGUUUCACCUUCCAUAUUUUUUAAACAUUUAUUUUGAAUGUUCAAAAUAUUAUGGCUUAGGUAUUUUUAAAAUUUCUCAUAGAAAUCGCAAGUGUCUAGUCUUUUGGCUUCUGGGGAGGAUUUACUGAAUUGUUAUGAGAAAGCUCAAGUUAUUUUUGUAAGUAAUAAAUUAUAAAUAAUAUAGCACCAAUCUUUCAUGCUUUGUUUCUGUGAGAAGACAUUUUUCUUAUUUACUUAUAUCAGUCUUAGUCAAUAAAUAAAAAGAGGACUCAAUUCUA